AUGGCCAGUAAUAGUCCAUACAUAGUUGUACUUGUUUAUCCAAAUUGUCGUAUGAGAAAUGGCGACAAUGGGGUGAUAUUUGAGUGUGAGAAUCUGAUAUUGUUUCGCACUCAGUGUGUGAAUACGUUGUCAGAUUUGAAGAGUUUGAUAUUGAGCAAUACAAAAGUGAGGGAUAUCGGAAGGGUGGCGUAUAGGUUGCUGGCACUCAUGGGUAACAGAGUCUUCCGGUUUCGACUAUUCCAACUUCAAGGGGACGAGCAUGUGCGACUGAUGUUCAACAUCCAUGGGAGGAUCAUGGUGGAGCAGGUAAUGGAGCUUUCUGCCGAGGUGGGACACAGUGAUGGUGAGAGUUUCGUACACUCGACCUAUGUACAGGACGACCGACCUCUCACACCACCGCCCAUUCAUGUCGCCAUUCCAGUGGAUGAGGCACAGGAGGGCGAGGAGGAGUCGGACAAUGAUUACGUGGCGGACAGUACGGACAGCGACUCGUCCGAUGGUGGGGAUGAGAAUGAGUGUGUUCGGGAGACACCUGUCCAGACUGUGGCGCACCAUGUUUUGCCUCCACCUCGCCUAAUUCCGACGCUAUCGGCAGUGCCAACUCACUAUCACAGUCUGGAUCUGGACGCCAUGCAUGAGAGGACUCCGUUUUCUGACACGGGUGAAGAGGAUUACAACCUAGACGGAGAUGUAGAGUUUCGAGUCGGCCACAGGUUUAGAACCCGAGAAACAGUGCUUCAAGGUGCGAAGAACUACAGUACUCGCAGGAGUGUGGAGUACCGGGUGAUCAAAUCAGACCAGUUAAAGUACCAUGUACAGUGCCGUCAAGCUGAAAAUGGGUGUCAAUGGAGCCUCCGUGUGGCCCUUCAGCAGAACCUUGGAUACUGGGAGGUUCAGAGGGUUGGUGGAGCGCACAAUUGUCUAGCACCCACCAUGUCUCAAGACCAUCGUCAGUUAAAUAGUAGUCUGAUCUGCAGGAUCAUAUUGCCGUUGAUUCAGUCCAAACCCUCUGUGAGUAUUCCGGUAUUACAAGGUGUGGUCCAGACAAGCUAUCACUUCAAACCAUCCUAUAAAAAGGUGUGGAUGGCAAAGCAGAAGGCAAUUGCACAGAUAUACGGGGAUUGGGAAGAGUCUUACAACAAGGUGCCAAAGCUGCUUCAGGAACUCCAGAGCUGUUUUCCUGGUACCAUUUGUGACCUACGCGUCAAACCGUUCUACGAUGGACACCUCCUGGUACGCGACUGCAGCAUGUUCGACAAGGUUUUUUGGGCUUUCUCGUCAUGUGUCGAGGCCUUCAAGCAUCGCAAGCCGUUUGUAUCUGUAGACGACACGCAUCUGUAUGGCAGGUAUGGUGGAGUGUUGCUUAUUGCGGUGGCGCAAGAUGGGAACAGCAACAUCCUGCCUAUUGCUUUUGCCAUUGUCGAGUCCGAGAGCACCAAGUCAUGGUCGUUCUUCCUUACUAAUCUUAGAUGCCACGUCACCCCACAAGAUGGCCUGCAGGUUAUCUCCGACAGAUCUCAGGCCAUCAAAGCCGUGCUAAGCUCCGAUGAUAGUGGUUGGCAUCCCCCAAGAGCCUUCCAUGCUUACUGCAUAAGCCACAUGGCUGCGAAUUUCAUGAUUCGAUUCAAGUCAACCGAGGUCAAGAGAUACCUCAUAAACGCAGCUUACAGUCCAAGCAAGGCUGGGUAUGAGUGGUACAUGGAUGCCUUGAGAGGAGUUUUCCCGUCGAUGGUGGACUGGGCGGGUCAUUUCAGGAAGGAGAUUUGGCUACAACAUUGCGACAGCGGGCGGCGGUUUUGGUUACAUGACCACAAAUCUGUCCGAGUGCAUCAAUGCAGCGUUGAAGGGGACCCGGUACUUGUCGAUUUCAGCCAUUGUGCGCAUCACAUACAAAAGACUGCAGAAGUUGUUCGUGACGAAGGGCAAGGAGGCGUAGUCACAGCUGGUGGCUGGAUGCUGCUUCUCCCAGAGACUCUUGGUCGCCAUUGA